AGCGCUUCCGGCCUGCGCCCCGCCCCCUUCGCUGACAGGUGGCCCAAGCCCCAGUCCCCGCCCAGCUUCGCGGCUGACUGGUCCAGGAGUCCAAGCGGUUGGAGGCUUUUACGGCUGCGGCGUGCCAGAAAGUAUGUUACAUAUAAAAGUGGAUAAUUUACAUGACAAAUGAAAAUGGCCAAUUCUUUAAGAGGAGAAGUAUUGAAUCUUUACAAAAAUCUGCUGUAUCUUGGACGAGAAUAUCCAAAAGGAGCAGACUAUUUUAAAAGGCGUUUGAGGAACGUUUUCCUUAAAAACAAAGAUGUGAAGGACCCAGAGAAGAUCAAAGAACUUAUUCAACGUGGUGAAUUUGUAAUGAAAGAGCUAGAAGCCUUAUACUUCCUUAGGAAAUACAGAGCCAUGAAACAACGCUAUUAUUCAGAUACCAACAAAAGUAACUGAUCAUUACUACUAGAAAGCUGAAAACCAGUGCCAGCUGUUUUUGUAUUCCAAGUAUUGUAAAAUAAUUCUAAUUUAAAAUGGGAAAAUAUACAUGUUGUGUAAAAAAUACAUGAGCUGCCCUACUGAACUAAAAUUAAUAGGUUUCAACUUCUAUCCAUAUGGAGAGCUUUAUCAGUGCAACCCUUUAUGCUCAAUUUUUAUACUAAAAGCAAUUUAGCUAUACUACCAAUUAUAAAUUAAUGAGUACCCAAUUUUGAAUGAAAACGUAAUACACUCAAAUUUUCUAACUUAAGAGGAUUAGCCAAUUAUUCUUAGCCCAUUUCUCCAUUUUACUGACAAAAGAAUGCCAUUUACUGCACAUUUAAUAAGGAAAAUAAUUUCUUACACAUUUAUUCCUCAACUUUUGAAGGAGUUACCUUAUUUUUGACCAAUUUGGUACAUUAAUAACUAACAUGUUCAAAAUUCACUAUAGAACAAAUAGUACCUGGUAAUGAUUUAAAUGUAGUUACAGAAAUAAUAGUAUGUAUGGAGUCAUCAGAUUACUUUUGAUGUUGAAAUAGCCUGCCGGUGACUGGUAUUAUAUACAUAACUAUUCAAUUAUGUCCAUUAAUUUUGCUGCUGCUACCUUUGGGCCUUAAAAAACAAAUCACCUACUGUGCACCAUUACCUUUUUUGAUAAAAAGUAAUAAUGUUCUGUAUGCUUUUGUCAUAAAGGCAGCUCUGACUUGUGUCUACUUAAAAAUGAGUUGAUAAGGCAGUGAACCUAAACCUACUAUGGUUUUAAGUUUAA